AUGAAGUGGGAACCUCUGGGAGUCGACGGCGCCUCCAUGAUGAGACGGUGGCCCGCUCGCCUCUCCUUUUCUUCUGUUUUCUCGUUGCUUUUUUGUUAUAUUUGUGCCCAUUCAGCAGCUGCAGCUGCCAACGGCACCAGUAUAGAUGACGUAGCAAAUCCAUACGCCUCUUUGGGGGCUCCAACGGACACAAGCCACAACCAGCUUGGCGACGGGACGCUCUCUUACCGCGCAGAUUCUCUUGAGGAGGAUUACGUCCCUCUCGGCCAUUCUACCCCUCACGCGUUGCAAGGAAAUGCGCCACAUUUACAGGACCAGCAGCCGGUGCAUGUAGAGCGUCACGUGAUCGUGUUGGGGGAGGAGAGGGCUCGUGUUCCUGUUUUGAGGGGCCGGGGUUUCUUUAUAUUGGGGUUGUUGAUGCUGGCAAUGUGUCUGUCAGCCAUCAACAGCCAUCCCGACUCGAAGUCCGCUGGCUUCUUGAAGGGCGUCGCGUCGAGUGCGCGAAAUGUGGUGGAGUUCAAGGAUUUAAUGCGCAGCCUCUUUGUGCUGAUAACUGCAUUGUCAGCUCCAUUGCUGAUUUUCUGGGGCGCCAGACGCCUUGUGAAGACUCUCCCUGCUUACCUGAAAUGGGCUAAGGACAACGAUGAAUUCGGUAUUGCCCAGUUUGUCAUUGUGUUGCUGUACGUGUGGAUGUUCUUCUUCGACCCCACGGGGAAGUAA